UACAGAAUAUACAAAUCGACGAGAUACUCUUAUGGAUCCUUCUUGAAGCUUAAAUAAGGAAAAAUAUUUUUUUCGAUGAUCUCGACUUUUAUAGCAGUGCAAUAUUUAAAGGUGAAUUGAUAAUCGAUAUAUCGACGUUAUUAAAAAGUGUUGAACGAAUUUUUAAGGAUAUACAUAUAGAUAUUAUAAAUAAGCUGAUAUUGGGAGCGAACGAAAAUGCAGUUAUAAUUUCGAAGAAGAUACACGGGGGAAAAGAGUGUACCUAGUACCUAUUCGGGGAACAUGUUUCUUCGUAGACGUUAAACAGGGCGGGGGGAAGGGGGGGGGGAGAGACGUCGGUUCUUCGAGACUAAAAGUUCCCGGUUAGCGAGAAUGGAGAGGAACGAGAACAAUGUCGGCGUUGGAAAUUCGGGAAACCCCCCGAAUUCGACUUCGACGACGCACACCGGUGUUCUUCACACUUCCGGCGGAACCGAUGCACAGAACGGAGACAGGGGAUGGGAGGUCCAUCAUGUGACAGUUACAAGAGUGCCUGGUUACGGGUUCGGGAUUGCAGUUUCCGGUGGACGGGACAAUCCCCAUUUCACCAACGGCGAUCCGGCUAUAGCGAUCUCCGAUGUUCUGAAGGCUGGCCCUGCCGAAGGAAAAUUACAAGUAAACGAUCGGAUAAUAUCCGCGAAUGGAAUAUCACUGGAGGGCGCCGAUUAUGGUGCCGCGAUCCGCGUCCUCAGGGAUUCCGGAUCAACGGUUCUGUUGGUCGUCAAACGGCGAGCCGCGUCCAAUUCUUCCGGCAUUGGGAACUCGAGCCUUCAAAGUCACAGACUGACUCUCACGAGGAACAACAAGAAAGAUGACUUCGGAAUUGUUCUCGGCUGUCGACUUUACGUGAAAGAGGUGACUCGAGAGAACACGGGCGUGAAACCAGGGGAUGUUUUAACGCGAAUCGGUAGCGUGGCCACGGACAACAUGAGCUUGAAGGAGGCCAAAAAACUGAUGGAUCAAUGCAAGGAUAGAUUGUCGAUCGUGGUGACCCGAGAUAAUUCUUGCUGUCAUGGUCAACUGCAGACGAAGAGCGAAACCGGGGAGUAUCUGUCGGGAACGACCAGCUACAGUAGCCAGAACUUGUAUGUUCCACCGCCGACGAGACAGCCGAUAGAGGACAAAAGCAAUCUUGUUCCCAGGGGUCGAGCCAGGGGGCCGUUAAUGGAUGUCUCUCUUAGUCAGUUGGAUCUCCCCGCGACGCCCACUGUUGAUCCUCCUAGACCGCCGCCUCCUAGACCAGAAGAUUAUUAUGGUACCAGGAGGCAACUUUACGACGAGGAUUUAGCACGAAAUAAACUUCCAAUGCCGGAUCCACGGUUCAUUACUUUCCAAAAAGAAGGAUCAGUGGGUGUUCGACUCAGUGGCGGAAACGAAACCGGUGUUUUUGUCACUGCUGUUCAAGCAGGCAGUCCGGCGUCUCUUCAGGGCUUGCAACCCGGAGAUAAAAUUCUAAAGAUAAACGACAUGGACAUGAAAGGGGUGACGAGAGAAGAAGCUGUCCUUUUCUUGCUCAGUCUGCAAGAGCAGAUCGACCUGAUCGUUCAGCAUCGACGACAAGAGUACGAUCAAGUGGUGGCAUCCGGAAAGGGUGAUUCGUUUCACAUAAAGACUCACUUCCAUUACGAGCAACCCCAAAAAGGUGAAAUGAGCUUCCGCAGCGGGGACGUAUUUCACGUGGUAGACACGCUGCACAAUGGUGUCGUCGGUUCCUGGCAAGUGUUUCGUAUCGGUCGGAACAAUCAGGAAGUACAGAAAGGUAUUAUACCGAAUAAAGCUCGAGCAGAAGAACUGGCGACCGCGCAGUUCAACGCGACCAAGAAGGAAAUGAGCGCCAGUGAAAGCAGAGGUAGCUUCUUUAGAAGGAGACGAAGCAGCCAUAGACGUUCGAAGUCGUUGGGAAGGGAUCACUGGGACGAUGUAGUGUUCUCGGAUAGCGUUAGCAAAUUUCCCGCCUACGAGAGAGUUAUCCUCAGGCAUCCAGGUUUCGUCAGACCCGUCGUCCUUUUCGGGCCGGUUGCAGACCUGGCCAGAGAGAAACUUUUAAAGGAUUUCCCGGAUAAAUUUACAUCGCCCCAAAUGGAAAACCAAUUGGACGACAGCGUUGGAAAGAAUACGAAGUCAUCGGGCAUCAUCCGAUUGAGUGCCAUUAGAGAGGUGAUGGACCGUGGCAAGCACGCCUUGCUGGAUAUCACUCCGAACGCGGUCGAUCGACUAAAUUACGCGCAGUUCUACCCGAUAGUCAUUUUUCUGAAAGCGGAAACGAAGCAGAUUAUAAAGGAGAUGCGAGCCGGAAUCCCUAAAUCGGCACACAAGAGCAGCAAAAAACUUCUGGAACAAUGUCAGAAGCUGGAUAAAAUUUGGGGCCAUGUAUUCAGCGCGGUGAUCACGUUGACCACACCGGAAGCUUGGUAUCGAAAGUUAAGGGAAUUGAUUGAUCGGCAACAACAAGGAUUACUGUGGAUGAGUCAAACCAAGCCGGAAGAAGCACUCUCGGAUGACUUCCUAUUCCCGAUGACUUCUCGCCUCUCCUAUGCUUCCUCCCCGGAGAGUGACUUGGAACUGAGCCCGGCCCCAACGAUGCCGGGCGUUCUUGGUGCCCCGUCUAGAUUGAAGAGCAGUUCAGACCCAAGCAUCGCGACCCAAGAUGACAUUGCUGCACCGCCACCGUAUUCGACCACUUAUCAGCAAUCCUUCGAACAACCGAAAAGGAGAUCGCAAGGUGGAAUGGGAGACGGAAAGUACGGGUUCUCGUUGUCAGGACAGGUGAGUAAUCAGUCUGGAUCGCCGGAAUAUCUCGGCGGCUCGUUCGAGCCGAGAUCGUCGCAUCACAGUCCGCCUGAUUUGCCUCCACGUGUUGAUCGUAACGCGAAGCCUAGCAAUCAGUCGGGACGUAACACAAUCGGACGAUCCGCGCAGGAACGGUUACUGAAUAAAACGGACUCGGUGCUGGACGUGGCGAAUUAUAUAAACGCGACGCCCCAUAAGGCUAAUGCCACUUCCUCGCUGGAAAGAGCUCAGCCGAAAGCGGGAAGCUACGAUAGCGUGUCUUCUUACGACUCCUAUAAUAAUACAAAUGGGAACGCAAGUUAUGGAACACCGCCGGGUCUGAGUACAUCGACCGGUCGAUUGGGUCCCAAUGUACCGGACGACAUGAAAAGCAGCGGUGGACCAGCUAGGUCACAUGAUCCUUACAGAUUCACUAGAUCGACAGCACAACCGAUUCCCAGCAGUCAUGAUCCACAAACCCGGACUGAUUACGCUAAGUACAGCCGUACAACCGAUUACAAGUCGAUAACACUGCCCCAAAACAAACCUGGAGGAUCAUACAAACCGAUACCACCCCCAAAACCAAAAAACUACAGGCCACCGCAGACGAACUUGGCGCAACCAGAAAAUAAUGGAAACGAAGGAAGUAACACGCCCCAUCAGCAUUCGAAAAGCUACUCCAUUGCUACAUCCCAUGUGGAAGGUAAUAUCAACGCCCAGCGUAACAGUGGUCAGUACUAUUACAACAUUCCACCGCCAAACCGUCACGAUUCGAAUUUAGGGAAUUCCCAUCACAACUUGAGCCACCUUUCCACGCCUGCUCAUAAUCACAGCUUGAGUCACACGCAUCCGCAUUGUAGCCCGCCAAUGGCGACUCAUAGCCACAGUAACAGUGCCAGUCAACUGAGCCUUGGACUCUCUCAUAACAGGAACAAUGUAAAUCACAACGGAUAUGUUGUGAACAACGGUCAUAACGCGACUGCGCAAAAUUUUCCAACAAGCCCGGGACAUAACAGAGAACCCAGCGCACUGGACCUUGCCGGAAGUAGGGAACAAAGAGGAAGUGCGUUCGAACUUUAUCGGAAACCUGUGCAUCAUUAUAACGCGAGCUAACGUGCACAACAAAUUUAUAGUUUAUUCACCGGGCAAGAAAAUGAACAAAAUCACUUCACCGAACUCUCGAGGUGAGCAUUUCAAAGCAUGGGGGUUCUGAAUAAACGAUAACAUCAUAAUAAGUUUAAGAAUGACAACGAAUAGGAAUUUCAGAAAGGAACUCCUACUAUAGGAGGGAUCAGUUAAGAAGUAGAAAUAAAUCGAAUCUGUUUCGUUCUUUACCACUCUCUGACUUUGUACAUAUGAUUUUAAUUAAAAAAAUAAAAUAA